UUUGGCGUUGUCUGCCUGCUAGUCAUUACACUAUUUAAUUUAGUGUAGUUGAGAGAAUUUCCGGUGUGUGUGCGAUCUUUUUCAGGAAGACUACGUAACUGUAGCGUCUCUUCCAUUAUAUCAAUAAAUUAUAAAUAAUAAUAAAAAUGGCCGAUAACGACGAUCUUUUGGAUUACGAGGAUGAGGAACAAACCGAGCAGGUUGUCGAUGGAAGUGGUGAUGCUCCUGCAAAGAAGGAAGUUAAAGGUACCUACGUGUCAAUCCAUAGCAGUGGAUUCAGAGACUUCCUUCUUAAGCCGGAAAUCCUGCGAGCCAUCGUCGAUUGCGGUUUUGAACAUCCUUCUGAAGUUCAGCAUGAAUGCAUUCCACAGGCAGUUCUUGGCAUGGAUAUUCUUUGCCAAGCCAAAUCCGGUAUGGGAAAAACUGCCGUGUUUGUUCUCGCGACACUUCAACAACUCGAACUCACAGAAAAUCAAGUCUAUGUACUUGUAAUGUGUCACACACGAGAACUUGCAUUCCAAAUUAGCAAAGAAUACGAGAGGUUCAGUAAAUACAUGCCGGCAGUGAAGGUGGCUGUAUUCUUUGGAGGUUUGCCUAUUCAGAAGGAUGAAGAGGUUUUAAAAAGUUCAUGUCCUCAUAUCGUAGUUGGAACACCAGGUCGUAUUUUGGCGCUAGUCCGGAGCAAGAAACUCAAUUUGAAGCAUUUGAAACAUUUUAUUCUGGACGAAUGUGACAAAAUGCUCGAACUGUUAGAUAUGAGAAGAGACGUACAAGAAAUAUUCCGAAGUACACCACAUGGCAAACAAGUGAUGAUGUUCAGCGCCACUUUAUCAAAGGAGAUACGACCAGUCUGCAAGAAAUUCAUGCAAGAUCCCAUGGAAGUCUACGUGGAUGAUGAAGCGAAACUCACGUUACAUGGUUUGCAGCAGCAUUACGUGAAAUUGAAAGAAAAUGAAAAGAACAAAAAAUUGUUUGAACUUCUUGAUGUUCUUGAAUUCAAUCAGGUUGUGAUCUUUGUUAAAUCUGUACAAAGGUGUAUGGCAUUGGCAACAUUAUUGACUGAUCAAAAUUUCCCAGCUAUUGGAAUUCAUCGUGGAAUGACACAAGAAGAAAGAUUGUCACGUUAUCAACAAUUUAAAGAUUUUCAGAAGAGAAUUUUAGUAGCAACUAAUUUAUUCGGAAGAGGAAUGGAUAUUGAACGAGUGAAUAUUGUUUUCAAUUAUGAUAUGCCAGAGGAUUCGGAUACAUAUUUACAUAGAGUAGCGAGAGCCGGACGUUUUGGCACAAAGGGAUUGGCGAUUACUUUCGUGAGUGACGAGAGUGAUGCUAAAAUAUUGAACGACGUUCAAGAACGAUUUGACGUCAAUAUUACGGAAUUACCAGAUGAAAUUGAUCUCGCCUCUUAUAUUGAGGGACGAUAGAUUUUAAGCAUUUAAAUUUUCAAUUAACCAAGAAGAAUAUUCCAUUGAAUGUUAAAAUUGAAACACGAAAAUGUUCGUCGUAUGUAAAGGACUAAAAUGGAAAUCAUUUUUAUAUUCUGCAAUCGACUCGUUUAUGAAGUACUAUUUUUUAAGAGUGACUUGUGAAGUUUAAUUAUAAUAAUUAAAGAAAGCAAAAAAUCCGGUUCCUUUUAUUAUUAUUAUAUUAUCGGAAAAAACAUUUAUAAUUAAUUAAAUGAGAAUAUUGUUCCUUUAGUAUAAAAAAACACACACACACACUGAAAAUCGGUAAUUUUUCAAUUUGAAAUUACCAAAUAAAUUUUGAAACUUUGUAGUACGUAAUGUAGUGGUAUGUAAUAUCUACAAUACAGUACAAAAAAAAUGUGGUGAACAAACAAAAAAAAAAAAACUUGUAUUUUGAUAACAAUUUUUUAUUGUCCAUUCAGUUACAAUUUUUUGUCCAAUAUUAUUUGUAAUUUGAAUUGAUAAUUUUAGGACCAAUUUGUAAAUGUUUAAGUACUUACUAUUGUAUUUAAUUUUUCAUUUGAAAGUAACGAAAUUAUUCAUUGAUCAUCUUUUUUUUAAUCUAAUUAUUUCAUAGAGUAUGUAAAUAAGUAUUUUUUCAGUAGUCAAUAAAAUAACACGUCUUACCCAUA